AUGGCAGUGAGUCUCCGAAAUGGUAAGGACUUAGAUCUAGAGCAAAAAACGGCUCGCAAAAGCAGACCGACUGAGACACUGGUGCCAGUACCCAUAGAGGUAGAUGAUUCAGCAGGUUUAACUGAGGUUGUAAAAGAGACUGAGGCUGCACCGGAACCGACAGUAGGAGCAGUGCCCAAACAAGAGAAAAACCAAAUCACAGGGAAGAAGCGACCCCCAGCACCAUUCCCACAGAGAUUGGCCAAGUAUCAGAAAGAUGAGCAGUACAAGAAAUUUUUGGAGACGUUCAAGCAAAUUCAGACCUGCAGUGCUGCUGUGACGAGACCCAUAGCUGAGAAGCUAUAUGAUCCAGGGAGUUUCACAAUCCCUUGCACAAUAGGCAACUUUGCUUUUGCUAAGGGACUGUGUGAUCUGGGAGCAAGCGUAAACCUUAUGCCCCUAGAUAUCUACAAAAGGCUAGGCAUUGGAAGAGCUAGACCCACAUCUAUCCUAUUACAGUUGGCUAACCGAAUAGUGAAGAGGCCCUCUGGGAUUCUAGAUGAUGUUUUGGUGCAGAAAUCUAUGCGCAGACCCAGUGAAUUUGCCAAUUUCUCUCUAAUAGAUGCGGUGGAUGUAGUGUUCGAGGAGGACGAUGAAGCACUGAACGUUAAAGACCCCCUAGCAGCUUGUCUCGUGAACUUAGACGAAGCUAAUGGUGAAGACUUGGCAGAGUGGGUACUGGCUCUUGAAGGCCAAGGUUUUUGGAAAAGGGAGCUUGAAUUUGAGCCUUUGCACUUGGAGGAAAGAAAAAGUCCUCCAGCUAAGCCGUCAAUAGAAGAGCCACCAAAGUUGCAACUGAAGCCACUGCCAUCUCAUCUCAGGUAUGCAUUCUUAGGACCUAACUCUACUCUACCUGUUAUUAUCUCAUCGAGUUUGUUAGAUGUACAGGCAGAAUAG